AUGAAGGGACUUUUCAAAAGGAAAGACACAAAACUCCCUUCAGACGGCAAUAAAUCGCUUCUGAGGCCUGCCGUCACUGUUGAGCGUAUCUCAAAUUACUCCCAUCAGUCGCCAACACUCGUAAGCUCGACCUCAUCAUCGCCAUCCUUCGGAGGAGCCAUGCCUGAAAUCACCAUACCCGGGCCCCCAGACCCACGGACAAAGCCAGCAGCUUACCUCCGAAGCAUUCAUGCCGUUCGAGAAAGGUCACGGCUGGUCCUCGAUGAGGCUAAGGUCAACGCCCUUAACCAUUUCGAUGUCGAUAUGACUAAGUUCAAGGACACCGCUGACUACGUUGUUUCCAUCAUCAAGCGGGACUUUGAAGGUGACUACGCUUCAAUACCGCCACACGGUCGUUGGCAGCAUUUUGAGGUCGGCGGAAGGCCUAGAGUGACUCAGCUGCUGCAGACGUGGCCGACAUCCAUCGAUAAUCAGGAGAGGGCGCGGCGCUUGAUCGACUUGUUCCUGGUAUCAGUACUACUCGAUGCGGGGGCCGGGACGAAAUGGUCCUACAAGUCUAAGGAGUCCGGCAAGGUGUACGCGAGGAGUGAAGGCUUGGCUGUGGCGAGUCUGGAGAUGUUCAAGGCUGGUGCAUUUAGCAGUGACGCGACACAACCUCAUCAAGUUGAUGCAACAGGUCUGAAGAAAGUGACGGCAGAGACUUUGGUGAAGGGGAUGCAAGUGUCAGAGUCGAAUCCGAUGUCGGGGCUCGAAGGCCGCACUGGUCUGCUGAUCAGGCUCGCUUCCGCCCUCCAGAACGAGGAGAUCUUUGGGGUUGACGGUCGCCCCGGAAACAUGAUUGACUAUUUGAUCUCGCAUCCAACCACCCAAGCAGCCUCCGUCCCUGUCGUACUACUACCAACACUGUGGAGUGUACUUAUGGAUGGUUUGUCGACCAUAUGGCCGACAACACGGACCAGCAUCCAAGGUGUUCCUCUUGGAGAUGCCUGGCCUUGUGAAGCCAUGCCUCGGUCUCCACCUGCUCAGCCUUGGGAGACCAUUGUUCCUUUCCACAAACUUACACAGUGGCUUUGCUAUUCUCUGAUGGUUCCAAUGACCAAGUUACUCAAUGUUCGUUUCGCGGGUGCUGACUUGAUGACUGGUCUUCCUGAGUAUCGAAAUGGCGGCCUGUUGGUUGAUACAGGUCUGCUCACUCUUAAAGAGGCUGACAGACAGCGUGGCCUCAAGAUCUAUCAUGAAACAGUGGGCGAUGGCAAUGCAGUUGAGGUGGUGCCGACCUUCGAACCCAGCGACGAUGUCAUAGUAGAGUGGAGAGCUGUUACCGUUGGUUUCCUAGACGAGCUGCUCAGCGCUGUCAAUGCGGGACUGGGUCUCCAGGGCCCUCAACAGCUGAAUUUGGCACAGAUGCUUGAGGCGGGCACCUGGAAGGCAAGUCGUGAAAUUGCGCAGGUGUCCCGUCCAAUCACCAAAGGCCCACCUAUCGGUAUCAUUUCAGACGGCACCGUCUUCUAA